AUGCUCUACGCGAGCACGCGCGGGGGCGCCCCCGCGGUGCCGUUCGCGGACGCCCUCCUCGCCGGUGCGCCCGCGGACGGCGGGGCGUACGUCCCGACGCGCGUGCCGACGGUGGAUCUCGGACGCGUGAUGGAUUUCGCAUCCUUCGAAGACGUCUGCGUGGAGGUCCUGAGCCCGUUCGUCGACGACGCGUUCGACCGCGAGGACGUCCGAGCGAUCGCGCGUGAGGUGGUGUCGAGACAUGAGAGCGGAGAGGUGUGUAACGUGCGACGAUUGGGACGGCGGGGGGGGCGCGAGGCGCGCGUGGCGGAGCUCUUUCGAGGACCGACGCUGAGCGCGGAGGACGCGUCGAUGCAAAUGACGAUGCGGAUGCUCGAUCGGGUGUUGGCGCGGAAGAAUAAACGGGCGAAUGUGGUGUGUUGCUCCACGGGCGAGGCUGGGGGGGCGCUGGCGAGCGUGGCGGCGGAGAUGACGCGGGUGGACGCGUGGAUCGCGUACCCAGGGGACGACGGCGACGUGAGCGAGCCGCAGGAGCGAGAGAUGACGUGUCACGUCGAGGAUAACGUCCACCCGAUCAAGGUGUUCGAGUGCCCGGAUGGUGUGAGCGACGUCGACGCGGUGGUGAGCGACGUGUUCGCGGAUGAACAGUUUAGAAUGGCGCACGGGUUGGUGAGCGCGAAUAGCUCCAACAUCGCGCGGGUGCUGAGCUACGUCCCGAUAUUCUUUUACAUCUACGCGCGAGUGCGGUCGAGGGAACAGGAUCGGGGGAAACCGGUGGUGUUCACCGUUCCCAGUUCCACGUUUGCGCUGGAGUUCGCGGGGAGCUUGGCUCGGAUGAUGGGUUUACCCAUCACCAUCGUCGCCGCGUGCAACGCCAACGGAGCGGCGCACCGCGUCAUCUCCAUGGGCGAAUUGUACAAGACGGACAUGGUGCACACCUCCUCGAGCGCGCUCGACGUCGUCGUUGCCGAGAACGUGUGGAGAUCGCUGUAUUACGCCGCGGGUUCGAACCCCAUGAUCCUGAGUGAGCUUCAGGAUGACUUUGACGAGGAUGGCGAAGUCGCGUUGCCGCCGAAAAUGGCGCGAGAGUUGAACACCGUCUUUAAGAGCGCGCUCAUCGACGAUGAUUUACUGUUUAGCGUCAUUCAACACGAAGAGCGCUUGGGGUUCGUCCCGUGUCCGCAGACCGCGCUCGCGAUCGCGGCGAUAGAGAUGAUUCGGGACGUCCCCGAAGACGUCCCCGCGGUGGCCUUGGCGGUGUCGCAUCCGAGCAAAUUUCCAGACGUCAUUCGUCGAGCCGUGCCGCAACUCUCAAAUGGGGCGUCGCACCCCACGGUGGAAGCGAUGACGGGCUUAUUCCAUCGCCGUCGCACGUGCACGCUCGAGGAAUUCGAGCGAUCGCUGCGCAGAGACAUCGCGGCGGUGACGGCGAUGCGUACGCCCGAACCGGUGCGCGUCGAACGCCUCUUGCUCGAGCGCGAGGAUUACGAGCGUCUCUACGCCUCCGUGCUGAGGAAAACGACGAAGCGUGGGAAAUUUUUGGAUAAUCCCUUCGUCAACGUCUUCUUAGCGCUGAUGAUCUCGUUCUGGGCCACGGCGACGACGCCGCCGCGGGACGCGUCCCGGAGCCGCGAGAGAGACGCCCAAAAAGCCGAGGCAAAGGCGAAGCGCGAUAAAGAGCGCGUCAGAGUGCGCGAGGCGCGCGCGCUUGAGAAACAGCGCGCGCGUGAAAUCAGCGCGCGCGCCAAGGCGGACGCGCGCUUCGCGCGAGAGAUGGCGCGCGCCGCGCGCGCCGAGGAAAAGCGCGCGAGAGCUGGCGCGCCGACGAAACCGCACGUCAUGCACGCCUACGCCCGCGACCGCGACGACGCGCGACCGCCGAACGAACACUUCGCGCACGAACCCAAUCGCAAAUUGCGAUGA